GGGCAGGCGGCAGCGGCGGAGCACGGCUGCGGCUUCCCCGGUACCGGCGAACAGAGGAGCCUUUCCCCGCCGAGGGAUGCGGUCGGAGGCGGUGGCGGAGCUGUGCGGCCUGGAGAGGUUCUCCAGCGCCGGCAAGGGCCAGGGGCUGCGGGCGCUGCGGCUCUUCGGCGUGGGGGAGCUGCUCUUCAGCUGCCCGGCCUACACUGCAGUGCUAACGGCCAGCGAGCGCGGCAGCCACUGCGACGGCUGCUUCGCCAGGAAAGAAGGAUUGUCCAAGUGUGGAAGAUGUAAACAGGCCUUUUACUGCAAUGUGGAAUGUCAGAAGGAAGAUUGGCCAAUGCACAAGCUGGAGUGUUCUGCUAUGUGUGCUUUUGGGCAGAACUGGAAUCCCUCGGAGACCGUGAGGCUAACAGCAAGGAUCCUUGCUAAGCAGAAAACUCACCCUGAAAGAACACAGUCGGAGAAACUGCUUGCUGUAAAAGAGUUUGAAUCACACCUUGACAAACUAGACAAUCAAAAGAGAGAGCUGAUUCAGAACGACAUUGCUGCUCUUCAUCACUUUUACUCAAAGCACUUGGAGUACCCUGACAAUGCUGCUCUUGUAGUUCUCUUUGCGCAAGUUAACUGUAAUGGCUUCACAAUUGAAGAUGAAGAGCUCUCCCAUUUGGGAUCAGCCAUAUUUCCUGAUGUUGCAUUGAUGAACCACAGCUGCUGCCCAAAUGUGAUUGUAACUUACAAGGGGACUGUGGCUGAAGUCAGAGCUGUUAAAGAGAUUGAGCCUGGAGAGGAGGUUUUCACCAGCUAUAUUGAUCUCUUGUAUCCCACAGAAGACAGAAAUAACCGGCUAAGAGACUCCUAUUUCUUUGACUGUGAUUGCAAGGAGUGUGUUACCAAAGAAAAGGAUAAAGAUAAACUGGAACUCUGCAAGCUGAAAGAUCCUCCAUCAGCAGAGACAGUGCGGGACAUGAUCAAAUAUGCCAGGAAUGUGAUCGAGGAAUUCAGAAGAGCCAAACACUACAAAUCUCCUAGUGAAUUACUGGAGAUCUGUGAACUCAGCCUGGAGAAGAUGGGUGUAGUGUUUGACAGCAGUAACGUUUAUAUGUUACAUAUGAUGUACCAGGCCAUGGGUGUGUGUCUCUAUGUGCAGGACUGGGAAGGUGCACUGCGUUAUGGGCAGAAACUUAUCAGACCAUACAGUAAACAUUAUCCCCCCUACUCGCUGAAUGUUGCUUCCAUGUGGCUGAAACUGGGGAGACUUUACAUGGCACUGCAGAACAGAGCAGCUGGAGUUAAAGCCCUGAAGAAGGCAAUUGCUAUCAUGGAAGUGGCACACGGGAAGGAUCAUCCAUACAUUUCAGAGAUCAAAAAGGAAUUAGAGGACCACUGAGCCUUUGAAUCUAUGCAAUCCUUCAAACCUUUAGUUAAAAGCCUUGUUACGGAAGCCUUCAGGAGCGCUUUGAAAUGCGGUAGAGUAUGAACACAGUUCUGGCCCAUAAUUGGAAUGACAAACAUACUUAGGCCUGGCAAAAUGUUCCCAGCUUCCACACAUCUACAAUUGCCUUUUUUCCCCCUUUUUUUUUAAGAUGCAUCCAUAGUUUCUUAAAGGUGGUGCCUUUUGACAGCUCAUGUGCAAAAGUGGCUGGUUUUUUCUCUGUGGAUUUUAAUGUGUAUCUUAUUUAAGUAAAUAAAGGCAUCUUGACCCUU